AUGAAUUCUAAUGAAGAUGAUAAUGAUGAUAAAGAAGAAGAAGAAAUAUUACACCUCCUGCGUGACCGGCAGGCCCAUCUUCGGUACUUUGAAACCAUUAUGCAUAUUGCAUUAAACAAUAUUCAGGAGUCACAUACACAAAGAUUGUUACUUCUCUAUUUUGCCCUUGUUGGAAGUGAUAUGAUGGGAGCGGAAUGGAUUACUAGCAGUAGUGAUUCUAAUAGAUAUAAGAAUGAAUUAUAUAAUGAAUUACAUCUUUGCUAUGAUGUUCAAAUUGGAGGAUUUCAAUCAGAACCUUUGCCUCUCUAUGUGACAGGUCCCACAGUAGCAAUGACUCACUGUGCUCUACACAUUUUAAAUACAUGUUGUAUGCUUCCUAAAGCCACCUUGGAAUGGAUAGAAAGAGAAAAAGUCAUUUCAUUUAUUUUAUCAUGUCAAAUAAAUAGUAAUAACUCUCUAUAUGGAUCAUCCUUUAUAGGUGCUUUUCAGUCUUCUCCUAUUAUUUCUGAAGUAGAUAUUCGUUUCACUUAUUCUGCUCUUAUGUCAUUAACCUUAUUAUGUGCCCCAUUACCAUUAUCUGCAAUUCCAUCAUUUUUACAUGUUCUUGAUAAUGCUGUGGCAUUUGUAUGGCGCUGUUGGAAUCCACACGAAGGGGGAUUUGGUGCCGUUCCCGGUGCUGAAUCACAUGGAGGGAUGACUUUCUGUGCUGUUGCCUCACUUGUACUCUGCAAUGCCAUCUCAUCACUCACACGCAGUCAUCGUCACUUACUACUGCGGUAUUGUACUGCUCGUGUUUCCCGUGGUCCUAAUGAUCAUAAUGAUACUAAUAGUAAUAAUUAUAGUGACGAUGAUGAUAAUAAUAAUUAUAGGUCAGUUGAUGUUCAAGAGAAGAAGAAUAAAAAGGAAAGAAAAAGAAGAAAAACAAUUAUUGGUUAUCAAGGGAGACCUCAGAAAGAUUCUGACACAUGCUACACACACUGGGUGGGAUCCACACUACAGAUACUCUGCGAUAAUGAAAAUGAAUGUGAUGGUAAUAGUGAAAACGAUAAACUACUCAUUGAUCCACUUCCUAUCAUGAGAUUUAUUAAUUCUUGUACUGAUCACAAGAAGGGUGGUGUAAGUAAAUGUAUUGGUAUCAAAGUAGAUGCUGUGCAUUCAUGUCUUGGACUUUCAGGUCUUCUGCAACACAUUAGUUUUAAACCAAUGUUACCAGUUCGACCUCCUCAUCCUGUAUAUGGCUGUUCAUGGGAAAUAGUAGAAAAAACAAAACUUCCUCAACUAUUAAAACCAAGAUAA